GAGCCAUGUUCAAAUCCCUGUUAUGUUGAUGCCAGAUGACUUCAAAGCCUAUUCAAAGAUAAAGGUGGACAAUCACCUUUUUAACAAAGAAAACAUGCCGAGCCAUUUCAAGUUUAAGGAAUACUGCCCAAUGGUUUUUCGUAAUCUGCGGGAGAGGUUUGGAAUUGAUGAUCAAGAUUUCCAGAAUUCCUUGACCAGAAGUGCGCCCCUUCCCAACGACUCCCAGGCACGCAGUGGAGCUCGCUUUCACACUUCCUAUGACAAGAGAUACGUCAUCAAGACCAUCACCAGUGAAGAUGUGGCUGAAAUGCACAACAUCCUGAAGAAAUACCACCAGUACAUAGUGGAAUGUCACGGGAUCACCCUUCUCCCCCAAUUCUUGGGCAUGUACCGGCUUAAUGUCGAUGGAGUUGAAAUAUAUGUGAUUGUUACAAGAAAUGUGUUCAGCCACCGUUUGUCUGUAUAUAGGAAAUACGACUUAAAGGGCUCUACAGUGGCUAGAGAAGCUAGUGACAAAGAAAAGGCCAAAGAACUGCCAACUUUAAAGGAUAAUGAUUUCAUUAAUGAGGGCCAAAAGAUCUAUAUUGAUGACAACAAGAAGAAGGUAUUCCUGGAAAAACUGAAAAAGGAUGUUGAGUUUCUCGCCCAGCUCAAGCUCAUGGACUACAGCCUGUUGGUGGGAAUUCAUGAUGUGGAGAGGGCCGAGCAGGAGGAGGUGGAGUGUGAAGAGCACGACGGGGAGGAGGAGGGGGAGAGUGACGGCACCCACCCGGUGGGCACCCCUCCCGACAGUCCCGGGAACACGCUCAACAGCUCGCCACCUUUGGCUCCGGGGGAGUUCGACCCGAACAUUGAUGUUUAUGGAAUUAAAUGCCAUGAAACCCUCGUGCUUCCAGCUGUUGUCGUGUGUCCCACAGUCACUGCUCUCGUGCCUUUGCAGACUCUCCUAGGAAAGAGGUGUACUUCAUGGCAAUUAUUGACAUUCUUACUCAUUAUGAUGCAAAAAAGAAAGCUGCCCACGCUGCAAAAACUGUUAAACAUGGCGCUGGAGCAGAGAUCUCGACCGUGAACCCUGAACAGUAUUCAAAGCGCUUUUUGGACUUUAUUGGCCACAUUUUGACGUAACCUCCCGCACAGCCUUGGACGGACAGGAGCAUGGGAAGGACAGAGGUGGCUUUGGUGUAGGAAAAGUGAAAACCAAACUCAAUGCAGCACUCAUCUUGCAGGAAGCAAACCUCCUUGUUUACAUCUUCAGGUCAAGAUGACUGAUUUGGGGGCUAUGCGCUUUUAACAGCUACCUGAUAUUUCCCAGCAUCGUUCUAGCUAUUUCUGAUGUGUGUGUAUGUGAGCGUGUGCGCGUGCGUGCACAUUUUAAAAUAAUUAAUAGUUAAUUAAAACUGAUCAGCUUCGGUCAGAAUGUGUUAUGACAGGAACCCUCUGAUUCCAGCUGUGGCCGAAUGAAUGAAUGAAUGAGUGUGCAUAUGUGGGGGAGGGGGAGGAGGAGUUGCAUGUCAGAGCGGCCACUAGGCAUCACACGAUAAACUGUGGAUCGGUUUAUUUUUUUGAGUUGAAAGAUGUGAGACAGUAUUCAUAAUAAUAAUGAAGAUAAUAAUAAUGAAGAUAAUAAUGAUGAUGAUUAAAAGGAAAAAACUUAACUGCGAAUGUCACACUUCCACCCUGCACGCAGACACUCCUUCCUACUUGUAACCGAGCCCCCGGCAAUGGACAGAAGAAUGCUGGCGUCUGGGUGUGCACUGGUUCAGGCUUCUGUCGCCACACAGUGUCAGGAGCCUAGGUGUCCCGGAAUAGCCACCCCUCCUCCAACAAGAAGUUGAAGCCCCAGUGACUCUGUCUGUACAUUUUCACCUCAGUAAAUAUGUCCAGGAAAAUUGCUUACUUCUCUUUUCUUGCCUGGAGCCUCUUCAUUGUUACCCUUACAUUGCAGUAUAGGAAUUAAUGCUACAAAAUAAAAAAUAAAGCUUACCUGAAAAGUGCAUAGUUUGGGGCAAUGGUCUCUACAUCUCCCACUGUGGGACAAAGCGUUAAAACUCUCAAUUCUGUUACUGAAUGCAAAUCUGAGUUAUAAGAUGUUUAUGUUUGACCACUGUUUCAACAGUGGUGUUUUCUUAGAAUUGUCCCUUUAACUGAAACUUUCAGUUUUACUGUUUACAUUAUUAGGAAAACAGGGAUAUUUUUGAAUCUAAAAAUUUAAUGUACAGCAUGUGAUUUUGAAGUUUACAUGUAAAGUCAUUUUACAGUGUAGGUGAAAUAAUGUUUGUCAUAUUUUGAGAUAUAUCCUGCAGUCAUGUUUUCAAAUGAAAAUGUUUUAUUCAAAGUAUAUGAUAGACAGUCUGUUACAAUAAAGGGGAAAGGAUUGUUCAGUUUCCUCCAGAUGGACAUUUAUCAACCUAAUGAUUUUUUAAAAAAGAGAUUUAACCCAAAUCUAGUUAUGUAAGUUCAUUGCCCUAAACUGUGCUGAUUGUGUUUAAUCAGGUUAUAAAUUUCAAACAUCGAUCAUGUAUUUACCCACUUUCCUGCAUUUUCUGAAAGGCGUUAAGCUAAAAUAUUAGACAUGCUUAGAGUAGAUUAUCAACUUACACGCUGCGCUGAAGCUGUGCCUUUGAAGUACUUUGUUUAAAACAUGAGAUGAUUUUUGUAGGCAGUCUUAGAAAAGGAAAAAAAAAAACCCCACCCUUCAGUAAUUACUUAGAACUCAACAAAUCCCCCUGCCAUACUGCCUUUUCCAGUGACUUUACGUCAGGGCUACCCAGAUUGCAAUUGCGCCCAGGGUGCGUGGGUUUCCUUCUCGAUAUCUUUGUAAGUCAGGAGCGCCACCAUCCCCGCUGCUAUCCACUGACUUUACAUUUAAGUAAAUGUUAUCUUCCACAGACGAUAUUAACACCUCUGUAACAUAGUUGUACAAAUCUGUAUUGGAUGUGUUAAAAUUAAUCAACACUGAUUUGGUUCCCCACCACCACCACCAUUAACUCUGGCAGUAGAUCAGUUUCAGUCUUCUGACGUUUACUAUGGUUUCUUCCACUCAAGACUACAGACUUGAGACCCUGAAGUGAAAACAAGGUACACAGACAUUAUUUUAGUAACUAUUUCCUUUGUGGCCAAUCUGUGUAUGCUUUUAGAAGUUUACAAACUGCUUUAUUUUUGUCUGUAACAGUCUGUCACUCAUUUCUGUUGAUAAACUCUGGACAGAGCGAGGAAGUUUGCCUUGUAUCUUCUAGUGCUAACAAUACACUCCAGUCAUGAGCCGGGCUUUACAAAAUAAAGCACUUUGAUGACUCA